UGUCCAUUCUGAUCAACGGACAAGGAGACUAACCUGUGAAAAAUGGCUGAUUUAACCAAGACAGAAGAACAGGAAGUAGAGAAGAGUUUGGAUGAAGAAGUGGAAAAAACACCUCCUACUUUAGAGGCAGAUUCAGGCAUUGGUGGCAAAGGUGACAGUUCAACCUCAGGUACAGUGCACUCCACUGAAAAUGAAAAGGAAGUUGAUAGUGGUGAUCGGGACAGCAGAGGAAAAAGAAAGAGUUUAGAUCCUGAAGAUGAACCUCCUCAGAAAGUACGUGUGCAAGGCCAUGGGCAAGCGGUCGCUGCACAUUAUAAUGAACUUCAAGAAGUUGGUUUGGAAAAACGUAGCCAGUCUCGCAUAUUCUACCUCCGAAACUUUAAUAAUUGGACAAAGAGUGUCCUCAUUGGUGAAUUUAUAGACCGGGUACGACGGAAAAAGAGCGACAUAACUGUUUUAGAUCUAGGAUGUGGCAAAGGUGGAGACUUACUGAAAUGGAAAAAAGGAAGAAUUAAGAAACUUGUCUGUACUGAUAUUGCUGAUAUUUCUGUGCAGCAGUGCAAGCAGCGAUAUGAAGACAUGAAAGCCCGAUGCCGUUAUAACGAACAUAUUUUUGAUGCAGAAUUUAUACAAGCAGAUAGCACCAAGGAUCUCUUGUCUUCCAAAUACAAUGAUCCGGAUAUGCGCUUUGACAUUUGCAGCUGUCAGUUUGUUUACCAUUACUCAUUUGAGACAUAUGAGCAGGCUGACAUGAUGCUUAAAAAUGCUUGUGGGAACCUCUCUCCUGGAGGAUAUUUCAUUGGCACAACUCCAAACAGCUUUGAACUUGUAAAGCGACUUGAAGCUUCUGAAACAAACUCAUUUGGGAAUGAGGUGUACAGUGUAAAAUUUGAAAAGAAAGGAGAAUAUCCCUUGUUUGGCUGCAAGUAUGAUUUCCACUUGGAAGAAGUGGUUGAUGUCCCUGAGUUUUUGGUUUACUUUCCAUUACUGGAAGAAAUGGCAAAGAAGCAUGGUAUGAAACUAGUGUAUAAAAUGACAUUUCGGGAAUUCUAUGAAGAAAAAAUCAAGAACGAGGAGCAUAAAAUGCUGCUAAAGAGAAUGCAGGCCUUGGAGCCAUAUUCUACAUUUGGUGAUUCCCGGCUUGUUUCUGAUAAACCUGCUGAUUAUGAGCAUGCAAAAGAGUUUGUCAAAGAUGGCAAGGCAAAGUUACCGUUGGGAACCUUGAGUAAAUCUGAAUGGGAAGCAACAAGUAUUUACUUGGUAUUUGCAUUUGAGAAGCAACUGUGAAACUCCACACAGUGGAUGCAGCAAGAAGAGAUCAUGUCCAUGUGCAAGUUGGAAUGGUCAGAAAUCCAUUAUGGCAACUAUUUUUUUAUUUUUUAAUUAUCGGAAGUGUGCAGGACACUACCAAAAACUAGAGCAAGCUCAUGGUUCUGAAUUACACUGCCUGUCUGUGACAGAGGGACUUGUAUGUGUAUAUAGAAGACAGAUUCUGAACCAGUCUUUUUAAGCCUUUGUAAGCAGUCUGCAUGCUAUCAAAACUCAUCUUUGAACUUGACACAACUUUAUGUUGCAAACAAAUGUUUUGUUAGAGUAUGUUUGUGAUUACAAGCCUGACCCUGCACUUUCUGAAGUUGAUGGAAAAAUGACUGUUGACGUUGGUAGUGCAGAAUGAGGGCCUAAAAAUUGUACUGCAGAGCUCAGUUGAUUAUUAAU